UUGGAUUUAUGUUGUGUUUUGCACUUAGCAGUACAUUACACGAUAAAUCUCACAAUAAAAUUUAAUAUUCGUCACUGAAAAGUUAUUGUUUUAAACUGAAUAAUUGUUAAGUCAAGCUGGCAUCUAAACGGCUGUUACUAAUUGGUUUCCACAGCUAUUCUCCGUCAACACUACGAGCAAGUUACAAUAGUCUAGCACUCUGCCGGCGAAAAUCUACAAUGACAGUUGGUGAAUGUGCGCGAACACCGGAGGGUGGUGGACCAGCUGUAGCUCCAAAAGCAUCCAGCAACUUAGGAGGAUCAUCAGCACAGACUGUGAGCACUGGUGAUGGUGUUAUCAAGCGAUAUACUGAUAUUGUUAAGAGUCAGGAAGAUAAGCGAGAAUAUAGGGGCUUGGAACUGGCUAACAGACUGAAGGUGUUGUUGGUUAGUGAUCCGAGCACUGACAAGUCUGCGGCUGCUUUGGAUGUCAAUAUAGGUUAUCUCAGUGAUCCCGAUGAGUUGCCAGGACUUGCACACUUCUGUGAACACAUGCUUUUUCUUGGGACUAAAAAGUAUCCACAGGAAAAUGAAUAUAGCAAGUUUCUGUCAGAGCAUGGGGGGUCUUCCAACGCCUCCACAUCAUCAGAUCACACCACUUUCUACUUCGACGUGCUUCCGCAGCACCUGCCCAAAGCUCUGGACAUCUUCGCGCAGUUCUUCAUAAGCCCGCUGUUCACGGAGUCGGCGACGGGCCGUGAGCUCAGCGCCGUCGACUCAGAGCACGACAAGAACCGAUCAGCGGACACGUGGCGGCUGGAGCAGCUUAACAAGAAUACAGCGGACCCUAACCACCCCUACCACAAGUUUCCUACAGGUUCCCGAGAAACUCUAGAGACGGUGCCCAAAGCGAAGGGUAUCGACGUGAGGAAGGCUCUACUCGAGUUCCAUAAUAAGUGGUACUCCGCUAACAUCAUGACAAUGAUCGUCGUUGGUAAAGAGUCCCUAGACGAUUUAGAAAAACUCGUGGUGGAUCUCUUCUCGUCUGUGGAGGACAAGUCAGUGUCGGCGCCGAGUUGGCCGGACCACCCGUUCCCGCCGGAGCGACGCCGCAAGCGUGCGUACUGCGUGCCGGUCAAAGAUCUGCGGACGUUGUCUAUAGACUUCCCUGUUCCGGAUACCAGGAGAUAUUAUAAGACCGGUCCAGGUCACUAUCUGUCUCACCUGCUGGGUCACGAGGGAAAAGGAAGUCUGCUGUCCGCACUCAAGGAGAGGGGUUGGUGCAACAGCUUAGUGGGCGGCACUCGACUCGGCGCGCGUGGGUUCGGGUUCUUCGGAGUGCAAGUGGACCUUACGGAAGAGGGGGUGAACCAUAUCGAUGAUAUAGUGACGCUGCUUUUUCAGUACAUAGCCAUGCUGCGUGAAGUUGGUACUCAGAAGUGGGUUUGGGAUGAGCAGCGCGAACUGAUGGCUCUCGACUUCCGUUUCCGGGACACCAUGGAGCCACGGACCCUCGCGUCGGGUUAUGUGCACCAGCUCCAGGAGUUCCCUAUGCCGGAUGUCCUCAGUGCGUACUAUCUAAUAACGGACUGGAAGCCGGAGCUCAUUGAUGAGAUGCUGUCCCUCCUCGCAGCUGACAACGCACGCAUCGCGAUCGUUGCCAAAUGUUUCUCGGAGAAGUGCACACAGACGGAACCCUGGUACGGAACGAAAUACCUGCAAGAGGAUAUCGAGCCUGAGAAGAUAGAGAACUGGAAGUCAGUGCGGUCAAUCCCUGAGUUCCACCUUCCCUCCCGCAACGAGUUCAUCCCCUCGGCGGAGGGACUGCGGCUGGCGAGCCCUGAGUCCACCACCGAGGCUGUGGCGCCCAUCAUCGUGAAGGACACGCCCCUCAUGAGACUGUGGUACAAACAUGACAACGAGUUUCAUCUGCCGAAAGCAUUCAUCACAUUCGAUCUGGUCAGCCCCCUUGCGUAUUCGGAGCCUCGCAACUGCAACUUGACCACGUUAUGGGUGCUGUUGCUGCGGGAUUCCCUGCAGCAGUUCGCGUACGCUGCCGAGCUGGCAUCGCUGAGGUGGAGCAUCGGAAACGUCAGACACGGCAUCAGUAUAACAGUAGACGGGUACGAUGAUAAACAACAGAUUCUUCUCGAGAAGAUCAUAGACAAGGUGGUGAACUUCAAAGCGGACCCGAAGCGCUUCGAGAUCAUGAAGGAGAACCACAUCCGGGCUAUCAAGAACUUUGAGGCCGAGCAGCCUUAUCAGCACGCCGUGUACCAACAAGCGCUAUGUCUGUCAGAGAUGGUGUGGACCAGGUGCCAACUACUGGAAUCUGCCGUCAAUAUAACCCCAGAGCAGCUGGACGAGUACACGUCAAGAGUGUGUCGGCAGCUGCACAUCGAGGGAAUCGUCUUCGGCAAUGUGACCCGAGAACGGGCGCUCAAACUAGCAGACAGCAUCGAGAAUAAGUUCCCAAAAGACGGAGUACCAUUGCUGGCCCAACAACUCCUGUUAACCAGAGAGGUCGAGAUGGAAAAAGGGUCGUGGUACCUGCGGGAGACGGAGAACAAGGUGCACAAGUCGUCGUGCGCGUCGCUGUACUACGCGUGUGGCCUGCGGGAGCCGCGCGACAACGUGACGCUGGAGCUGCUGGCACAGACGCUCAGCGAGCCCUGCUUCCACGUGCUGAGGACACAGGAGCAACUGGGGUACAUCGUGUUCAGUGGAGUGCGGCGCUCCAACGGCGUUCAGGGACUGCGGGUGAUCGUGCAGAGUGACAAACAUCCCGCGCACCUGGAGGACAGGAUAGACGCCUUCCUCGACGGAUCGCUGGAGUACCUAGAGAAGAUGACGGAUGAGGAGUUCUUGAAACACCGCGGCUCGCUCGCGGCGCAGCGCCUGGAGCGGCCGAAACGGAUGAACACCAAGGCGGCGCAACUGUGGAGCGAGAUCAACGCACAGAUGUACAACUUUGACCGAGCACGAAUGGAGGUGGAGCAACUCAACACGGUCACCAAACAAGAGCUCGUCAACUUCUAUAAGAAACAUAUCUGGUCGUCGUCGAAGGAACGUCGCAAGUUGUCGGUGCACGUGGUGUCUGUCGCUGAAGGCGGUGCGGGCAAACGGGGAGAGGAAGAACCGGAGCAGCAGGCCGACGCGGAGAGAGACGUGGAGCCCGUCACGAUAUCGGAUCUGAUCGAGUUCAAGUAUCGCCGGCGACUGUACGCACACCCCGCGCCCUUCCUGAAUAUUCCACGCAAGGGUACCCACUGCAAGCUGUAGGUGGCGCCACUGAGUACCACGAUCAACGAUACCGGCUAUUGGAUACAGACGACCGUCGAGAGAAGACGAACAAUAGAUGCGUCACUAAUAUAACAAUAACAAUGUUACAGAGACACAUAAAUUAGAUGGUAUUUAGAGUAAGCGAGAUACACUACAAUAUCUGCUAUCCCUUUCGUGUAUGCGAUUUUUUUUCUGAACUUGUGCUCCUAACAAACAAUGGCUGCCGUGGUACAAUACAUUUAAUUUAAAUUCUAAUUAUUAAUUAUAUAUUAUCUAUAUAUCUAAUUAUACAAAUUCUUAUUUUUAAUUGAGUGAUUUGGUGUGAAUUCCGUUAUUAUAUUAUUAAUAUGGGACGUCAUUUUCUAUUACGCUGUACAAAUCGCUCAGAACGAAAAUAUGAAAACAACACACAUCACAGACUAUUGCUAUCUCAUUUUCAUACGGUCGAAAACAUUUAUUCUAUUCUUUCUAUAGUGCCUUCUGUGGAACGGCACCACAAUUCAACCGUCGCGUUUAAAAGUAGACCACCAAACUUAGAGUAUAUAUUUAAACUUUUAUCAUCACUUUGACAUAGUAAUUAUUAUGACGGGUACUCACGAUAUAUGUUGUAAAGCAGUCAGGGAAAAUAAAAAUAGUAUUUUAUCACCAAUUACUUUAUAUUAUAAAUUUUACAAUUAUAGCUUUUAACUUUCAAAUAUAUACUCUGGUAAUUAUUUUACAAUACCUUAAAACUGCAGAAUAACUUAUUCAGCCUGGGUUUUUAGCGUAGGCCCUCACGGGAUUCCCGAAGACCAUUGUACAUUGUAUUGUUACCGGGGUAACUAUUCGGGGCAAUGGUCCCUAUCAGUGACGUCUUCGCCGCCUACAACUACGGGCGGGGCUCUGGGUGAGACCGGUUGGUCCAUGGUGUCAUGUCCGGAGAUAUCCUGCUGCAGUGCGAUCGAGCCCGCGUAGUGUCGCGAGCGAUCUGCGGACGGGGGCAGGGUGGUUGGUCCGUGGUUGGCUUGCGUCUGCAGCUCAGCGAGGUCGAGCCCGCCGGUAGUGUACCGGUGAGCGACCAUCAGCCAGCGGCGAAGAAGCAGUCGUGACCUAGAAGACUAGGUCACGUAGUAGUCCGCUUAUGAUACUGGGAUUGCUCCAUCGGGGCGCGCGAACUCAAAGGUUCCCAGGCGACGAACGAAGUCGUCCAGGCUCCAUGCGCAGGUUGCUGGGUUCUCCAAUGGAGACACACGCGGCUACUACCGCGUGCUGUUCGCGCUGAGACGGGUCGCUGCGAGCGCAGCAGUCGCUGGCGCACCAUCUCCGGAGCACCACGCUUCGUACGCAAUCAGGUCAUCUCCAGAGAGGGGAAACAAGGAUUCCCAUCUGCGGGGCGGGAGGGAUAACGCAGCAUGCAUGAGUGAUGCGCCUGCGCGCUUUGCUUCUCCGCUGCGGGCGUCACCGUGCGUGCGGCACGAGUCGUUGUCGCGGCCGGCGUGGGCGUCGAUUGUCGUCGUCCGUCGUCCGACUGGCGACGACGGACUCGCGACGACCGUGUCGUCACCGGCUCCCGUCGAAGGCCCCGCCCGGGCUGUGGGCGCAGCGAGGCGACACUUGGCCGGUCGAUAUAAGCGCAUGCAUCUGCCUCGAGGCCGGAGAUCGUUGCGGCGAAGCGGGCGCGGUUUUGUUGCGCGUCGCGAUAUCGGCGGUAGGCUUGGCGGUGGCAUGUUGGAAGGUUACUUUCGCUUUCAGGACUCACAGAUUUUUUUUGCCUUGCCUUAGGCGCGGCCCAAGCGGAGGUCACGUCACUUCAUCACCCUGGUCCCCAGGGCUUGCCUCUGUUGGCAGAACGGAGUGAUGUCGUGUUGACCCAGAACACCAACCGUGGUCAAAAAAAUUUUGUUAAUAAUAUAAUUUUUCUGCAUACCCACAGAGCAAAUAGGAAUUAAUAUCGGUCUGAUAAAAGUAGAAUUAAUGGUGUUCUGUAACUUAAAUUCUGUAAUGAUAGUUCGAAAUAGACGAAGUAAUUCCAUAAUAAAAAUAGUUUAAAAAACUAUAAAACACGCAUUGUUUGUAAAGAUAAUGGUUGAAAUUUAAAAUUUACAUUUCAAAUACAACAAAUCUUAUUUUGCAAAUUGAAAAUGGAAUAAUUGUAUCAAAUUAACGUAUUGUCAUCGGUUCUCGAUAAAUCGAAUUUUGAACAUACAUACAGGUGAAACUAAUAAAAAGCGCGUAAAAAUAGAAAUGAUUAAAAAAAAUAUUUCUAUUUAAUUAAUCCCCUGUCUACUAUAUUUUUUGGGUAUUGAAUCCAAAAAUACUAUAUUCGGUCUAAAAAAAAGUUGUCAGCCCUACCUCACAUAGAUAUCUAUUGAUUAAAUAAAAUAUUUUUUAGCUUAUGCCAUAUCAUAUGCUUGUCAUAAUACUAAGAAGCGAAAUUUAUGUAUCGAUUUUAAGGAUUUUAGACUUAGAUACUUUAAAUUUUAGAUUCAAGUUAGAAAAAAUUUAUAUAUUUUGUUUUGUUUAUGUUCUACUAGAAUAUUGUACUAUUUUAGAAUCUAGAUAAGUUGUGUUAACUUUUGUACUAACUCGCCCGAACAGUAUUGAUAUAAGUGCCUUUUCUAGAUAAAACCUGUGAGUAAUAGUUGUCUUUGGUCACACCAUGAGAACAAUUUAUUCGUCUUUUUUUGGCUUUACCUAGUCCUAAACUAGCACCGCGAGCAAGUAUUGUAUUUUCUUUUACCGAUCAACAUUAAAAGAAAAAAUAAAGCCUUUAGAAAUGUAUAUGUAUUUUUCUGGGAUGAUGUUGUAAAAGCGUAUAUAUCGCCCAAUACAAGACUUACUAACCGAGUAGUAGGCAUUAUAAGUUUAUGUUUGUUCCUGUUGUUAACAUUAUGGUUAUGACAGUUUCUAGAAAAUUCACUUACAUAACAUCAUAAGUAAAGUGUCAUUUGUCCAGUAAUUUUACUAGCUACGGCGCCCUUCAGAGCGAAACACAAUAAUGCUUCACGGCAGAAAUAGGUGCCGUUGUGGUACCCAAAAUCUAGCCGGCAUCCUGUGCAAAGGAGCCUCCCACUGGUAGUACAGUGGUUAGUAUCGUUGAUUGUCUUAAUGUAUCUGUUUAGUUCAAAUUUAUUUAAGCUAUGUAUAUAUAUUUAUGUGUGGAUUUUAAGAGUAAAUGCUUAAAUAAUUAAAA